GGACUUUUAAACAUAUAUUAUUGAACCGGAAGUAUUUAGUUGUAUCUAGUGUCCCCGAGUGCCUGUAUUUGUGAAGAAACUUGUUUUGUUGUUUAAAAUUCGUGAAGUAAUACUGUGUCUGAGAAACAAUGGAUGUUGAAGAGAGGAGUUAUGGUGGCUGUGAGGGCCCAGAUGCUAUGUAUGUAAAGCUGAUCUCUUCAGAUGGUCAUGAGUUUAUUGUUAAGAGAGAGCAUGCCUUAACCUCAGGCACUAUCAAAGCUAUGCUGAGUGGACCUGGUCAGUUUGCUGAAAAUGAAACCAAUGAGGUCAACUUCCGGGAGAUCCCAUCUCACGUUCUCUCCAAAGUGUGCAUGUACUUUACCUACAAAGUUCGUUACACCAACAGCUCAACAGAAAUUCCAGAAUUUCCCAUUGCCCCUGAGAUUGCUUUGGAACUGCUCAUGGCUGCAAACUUCCUAGACUGUUAAAAUGUGAAUCGAGCAUGUAUUAUUCUAUGAUCAUCUUGCAUGCCACUUAUACAUGUAUCUGUGUUUAUGAGUAUGUAUUUAAGUAUUGUUCUUUUGAAUCUUUGGGGUUUUAUGUGAACAAUGACAGUUUAUUCUACUUUAUAUGGAUAAUUUGUUUUAGUGUUUUAAAAUGUUCCAUGUCUUUAUUGUUUUGUAUUUGCUGUUGCAAUUGGUUUAGUCAGCAGGAAUAAACAUGAAUUAAAUUAA